GGAUGCAGUCUGGAUGAGGAACUGAGUUGUCCGUGUCUUCAUUGCUGCUGCAUUCAACCUGUUCUCUACAGUUCAACACCACAGACAGAACAGACUGUACCAAACCUCCCACAUUCCAGCAUCAACAGGACCAUCAGAGGAGUAACAAGAACAAUGGGUUAUGGAAACAUCCGUUCGUUUGGGACCAGAGGAGCUAAAAACCAAACUGCUCAGCAGGACAACCGGGGAUUAUUAGGUGUAGCUGCAUCACACGACAUGGCACAGACGGAUAUGGGCAGAAUGAGUCAGUACAAGUCCAAAAUCAUGAGCGUGGGACAGAGAAAUGGAGUCGACCCGGCUCUCAUUGCUGCCAUCAUCUCCAGAGAGUCCAGGGCCGGAAACGCACUGCAAAACGGCUGGGGAGACUUUGGGAACGCCUGGGGACUGAUGCAGGUUGAUGUUAAUCCCAAUGGAGGUGGACACACUGCUAUAGGUGGCUGGGACAGUGAGGAACACCUCAACCAAGCCACUGGGAUCUUGGUUUAUUUUAUUAGCCGAAUCAAGAAUAAGUUUCCUCACUGGAGCGAAGAGCUGCAGCUGAAAGGAGGGAUAGCAGCCUACAACAUGGGGGAUGGGAGUGUGCAUUCAGAGACAGUGGAUGAAAACACAACCGGUGGAGACUACUCUGAUGACGUCAUAGCCAGAGCUCAGUGGUACAAAAACAAUGGGUACUGAAGCUGAGCAGUCUCCUGAAAGUCAUCAAUGAAACAUCAUAUUGUGUGUACUGUGUCAAAACCUAUGAUGAAUAAACGUGAUGCAAAGUGAAACUACAA